UCGCGCGGCCGCGACGCCAGGGGCCAAUGGCGGCGGUGGCGCUGGAACCUUGGCAGACCGCGGCUCCGCGGAAAAGGCGCUCCGCGGCUCGACGUCCACAGCCCAGAGAGGCGGCGGCGGCCCCGAGCCGGGAGGCAGAGCCUGAGGUGGACAGCGGAGUUGUGCUUCGUGGCAUUCGGAAGGCCAGGGAGGACCUGCUUCUUUCUGAUUUCUGGAGUUCAGCACUAGAAACCAUCAACGGAUGUCUUACGAAACAGCUGGAACAACCGAAGACCCCCGUAGAGCCUCUUUCAGGAGCCUUUGGAAACCUGCACCUUGACUCCCCACCAGAUGAGUCCAAUGUGGCCCCUGGCUCCAUCCCAGGAGAGACCCUGGCCACGGGAACCUGCCCCUGGAAGUGUGUGUGUUACGGCAUUGGGAACUUUUCCACCUGUGUCAUAGCUAGAAACCAGCUAACAUUUUUGCUUCUCUUCCUGGAAAAGUGCCAGAUUCCCAGAAGUCACUGCUGGGUGUAUGACCCUCUGUUUAGCCAACUCGAAAUUGCGAUUCUCAGCAGCCUCGGGUUGAUUGUCCUCAGUGAGAACGAAGAAGGAAAACGGAGUGUCUGUGGUGAGCACACCAUCUUUUACAUGCUCCAUUGUGGGACAGCCCUGUACAACAAUCUUUUAUGGAGUAAUUGGUCAGUAGAUGCCCUUUCCAAGAUGGUCAUCAUUGGGAACAGUUUCAAAGGACUAGAGGAAAGGUUGUUGACAAGGAUUCUGCAUAAAAAUUAUGGCUACAUUGCAAAGAUUUUAAAAGGACUGGAGGAACAUCAGUUUCCUCAGACUUCACAGUACACGGAUGUAUUUAACGACACCUCCAUCCACUGGUUCCCUGUCCAAAGGCUAAACCAACUCUCCAUGGACACCUGGGCAUUUCGGGAAGAACCAGAUUAUCAGGACUGUGAGGACCUUGAAAUCAUCAGGAACAAGACAGAAGACCCUUCAACUACUGACUCGAACCUGCUAUAACGUAUCUGACGUUGGCUGAAGCAGCAGCAGCUGCUACUAGAGACUAAAGGGGAGAUUGCCAUGGACUACAGAGAACAUUCUUUGCAGUGAGCCAAAUUUUGAAGAGAACAGCAAAUCCCUCAAGUUGGCCCUCCUGUUAGAGGAUGAUAUGCCUGUGAAAGUACCUGGUAAAAUUUUACGUACUUCUGAAAUAGCAUUAUCGUGUUAUACCCUUCCCUGGUGACUUGGCCUGAUAGGGCAUAUCUCCUGAAUAGAGAAGCUACUUUUUCAAA